GGAAGCUUUUCACAGCAAUACUGGUGGCAAAAUGAAACUAAACUGUCACCCCAAUAAAGAAAACUUAGACACGAUUAGGCUUUGGACUAUUGGAAUGAACCUACAUUGCCAGGGUCCUGUAUCCCACCCGCAGGAAGAAGGAUUUCAUACCAGUCAUAUCCUGAUUCUUCCUUUAUCAAGAAUGUGUGGAUAUUUUCCAGAGGAGUAAAAUGAUUCAAGUUGUACCAUCUGCUAGUAAAUUUAUCACUCUGUUUAGACACUCUUACACAGGGGGUUAAUAUCAGAGGUGGUGUUGCUAUAGUGAAAACAGCCUGUAUACUUGGUGCUGUUCUAUUUCCACUGGAAGUCUGAGUGAGAAGGAACUCUUUGGUGCACGACUAUUUUCUGCUGCUUGUAUUUUAUGUACUGCCUGGACAUGUACCUGAUCCAACAGGAGUUGACAACACUAGUGGCAUAGCAUUGUAGGUAUCCUUUGGUUGAUGCAGUUAUAUAUAUUUGAGCCAAAAAGUCAGGUUGGUAAGUUAGCAAGAAUGGGGAGAUGCUGAAUCACCCUAGUUUCACACAUUGUGUUUCUCUCCUGCUUCAAGCGGUUGAGUCAGACAUUCUCCGGAGUGUGCACGCCCUUCUCCGAGAGCUCGAUGGCCACCAUCCAGCCUUCCAGAGUGAGAGAGGGAUGCUGCGAUGGACUUUGCACAAGAAAAUUGACAGGAAUCCCAGUAAUGGUGCCGUCCUGAUCAAAAUCUUGGUGAAGGAACUGGAAAAGGCAGAAAGAUGCAACUAUCAUCAAUACAUCAUCCCCUUGCUUCACACGCUGAUGUACACACUGAUAAAGGCACCCUGCAUCCCUGAUGAGCUGUACGAGAGGGUGUAUGAUUUCUGCAAGAAGUUACUCACGCUGCCCAAACCUUACUGCACCAUUGGCCUGGAUUACGCUCGGCAGCUAAAACUGGAACGCACAAUUCCAGGUGUAUUGUACCAAAGAAUGGUCUCUGCGGAGCAAAGUCUUAAGAACGACUCCUUCCCUUACCAGGAAAAGGUUUUCAUGUUUGCUGCUCCAGAUUUGCUCUCAGAGGCUGUAUGCCGGGCACUCAUUGAUGAAAUCAGGGCUGCACAGAUGUUCCAGAGUACCAAGUCAUGCAUGUUGUAUGUGAUAGAACAUGCCUUCCAAGCUGUGUUGAAGGAACGCUGUGAUGUUAGGAGCUUGCGCAGCCUUCUUCAGGCUAAGCCAUUAGAUGUGACUGAGCACUAUUUUCAGCAAGUGAUGGCAGCCACUGAGCAUACAGGAAGAGAAAUGAGCGCAGAGUGCAGUCGAUAUGUGGAAGAACUGGGAAAAAUCUACAGUACUUUGCUGAGUGCUUCAGAGGCAGGUGUAGAGACGACUGCAGUAGAAGGCAGUCCUGGCAUCCCUCUACCCAACCCUAACAUCAGCUUCCACCUGUGGCGAGAUGAAGACCAGCUCUGGAGGGAAUUGGUGCUGUUCCUUCGCUCACCGAGCCAGUCCUGCGAACAGGAUUCUCUGAGUCCAGAACUGGAUAGCUUUGAAUUUCAAGACAUGAUGCCAGACUAUGACUGCUAUGAGCACACACGUUUCUCGGUGCUCUCCACGGACAGUGGAAUUGAGCGGGACCUGCCCACUCCAGGGGAUGAAAUUCCAGCUUCUUGCAGCGCUGAGGCUGAGCACUCCCGGCUCCAGAGGAAGGGCUGUGUGAAGAAGAGGGGCUCUUCACUGGAUAGCAUUGCCUUCCUGCAGAGUGGCUGCAAUGGGCAGGGGACAAAGCCUUCUGGGAAGCUGCACCGGAAAUCGGGUGGUAGCACCAUGGAACCAAUGGCACCCAUGAAAAGAUGGCACACGGCUCGAGUCUUGGUGCUGGGCGAUGACAGAGUUUUGGGUCGCCUCGCCCAGGCCUAUUACUCCAUGAGGAAGCGGGAGAGCCGGCGUGUGUUCCUUACACGAAGGCUAAAAGUCCAGUUCUACUAUGUGCCUGUCCUGGAGGAACACUCCACCUCUUCACCAGCUGAGGAGAGUGCUCUGCCUGACCAGACAGAGCCUUGUGAGUUGGCUGCUUAUCUUGGAAGAGCGGAUCCAUGGUACGAGAGCAACAUUAACACCCUCUGUCACAUGAUCCCGAAGCUGGCCACCAUGCCCUCUUCUACAAGCAAGCCUGCCAUUUCCGAUCUGUUCAUCAUUGAUGCGAUUGCAUACUACGUGCGCUUGGGCUUGCAGCCAGUCUUCUUCCAAGUAUAUGCAGUGAAGUUUCUCUUCAGGAAUGCAGCUUUGGAGCCUGUUGAAGAUAUUUUCCUCACGGAACUGAAUGCAACUCUUGAGGAGUUCAUCCCCUCUGGAGAAUGUCUACCAGCAAAAAAGAAGCCAGCAGUAGAAGCUCUCGGUGCAGAACUUUCACUCAUAUACAAAAAGGUUUUGCUGAGUAACCGAGAGAAAGAUGAGGCAGUUUCUUUGAGAUCCACAGGCCUGGUUAUGAAAGCGAUUCCCUCAAAUGAAACUGAAGAUCUGGUGCGGUUGAGUGUGAACAUCGCUGAAGUCGUAAAAACCUCCAACCUCUCAGGACGAUCAUAUUCUUUAGUGACAAACACUAUUAGAACACGCAACAUCAAAAUUAAAAGUACAGAACAAAGGUCCUUUACAGUGUGUGUGGACAAGGAUUCCAGACGAGUCUACAAGAAUGUGAUCAGUAUUGAAGUUUUUCCAUGUCUAGAACCUAGCUACUGCUUGCAAAAGAUGAGAGCCAGUAAGGACUGCCUGCAGGAAGAGAAGGAGGAAGACAUAGGACUGGCCAAGUACUUACCCAAGUCUUUAUUGCUACCCAUCAACACCUUUGCAGGCAUUAUCCAGUGAAAAGGAAAGGACUUACAUGUAUUACAUGUUUUUCUGGAUUUCAUUAGGGGACAUUCCAGUGAUGGGGGCCCAAUAUGAAGGGCUCCAAGCAAAAGGGAAAAGCAAAAGAAUACUGCCAGAAAAUCACUCAACACGCAAGAAGUAAAGUUCUCCUCAGUACAGAAGCAUAGUGUGGUUCUGUAAUAGCAGCAGGUGACCCAGGAAGCCAAUGCAAGAGGAAACAGUAAAAACGACAUUUUAGGCUUCUCUGUUAUGCUUUUGUAAGUGGAGUGUUUUCUGUUUUUAUCCAGCAAAGAGAGAAGUGUUCGUUUUCACAUUUGCACAGCACAUGAAAUGAUAAUGAAUGCUAAAUAAUUUCUCAUUAAAAUUAUUUAAUGUCCUCAGGAAUUCUAGUCAAGAUCACAGUUGUGAUGACUCAGGUGCUGGCCAAAUGUAUUAAUCUUUAAACAUAUUAAAGGUGCAGUUAUGCUGUAUAGCUCUCACAGGCAGGUAAGCAGCUGUCCAGAAAUUAAGGAGUUAAGAGUUAAUGAUGCAGCAUCCAGUAGUUCUUUUGUUAGAAAAUUAUUGGGUGCGUGCCAUACAAAUAGGUGCACAAAUUCCUAUCAUGUGACAAAGUUAAGGAAAUGGAAAACUAUUUGUAGCUUUAGAACACUGCUUGAACAGGAACAGGCAUGGUGAUAACAGGCUGUGUGAAAUAGCACCAAAUGACAAAUAUCAUACAUAGAACAAACUAUUCCAUGGACACAGGUCAGGCAUGUUUCCAUGAAAUCUCAGCACUGAUGAAGUUCCAGGGUGCUUUGUCCAUGAAGUCAACCAUGCAGUGCAGACAGCAUGGAGGAAAGAACUAGUGGCACUCCUGCACAGGAGCAGAAAGGCCUGUGGGGUCUGCCUGUGAUGCACUCAGGACUAAAGACAUGCCUGCCACUCCUGUGUCUUUUAUUUAUUGACGUAAUGUAUUUCGUCUUUGGCUUAUAAUCAAAUUAAAGCAACAAACAGCAUAAACAAUAAAAUGAAGACAGGGAGCUAGAACUGGAGCCAGAUGUUAAAACUUGUAAUAGGAGGAGGAAAUUAAAAAACUAAUUGCUUUCCAAAGGUAUCAUGGAACAUUUUGCUGCUAGUCUGCUCUUCUUCUGCACCCUGCUCUUCUAAUGUUUCACACAACCAGCUCCCUAAUUGGACCUGAGGAUUUAGCCAAUGCUGCACCGGGAAAAAAAAAUACAUUCCUCACCUUUCAUGGAUAGUGCACACAAUCAGCACACAGUGGGAAAUUUUGUGCAGCACUGUAUUCAGAUAUUUGUACAGAAAAGCUUUGCCUUUCUGCCUCUAUUGUUAGAACAUAAGGUAACUGAUGCACAGGACUAUAAUGCUCAGUUCAAGGGCAGAAAGUAUGAAGACUAGAGAUAAGCUGAAAUAUGGAAAGAAGGAAAAAUGUUACAGGAUUUGGGGGGUGGGAAACAUUAAAAUGUAGGUCAAGCAAUACCUGAUGAGCCACAGAUAGAAUGACACUGAUCCUCCCAUGGGGUAUAGUGGAAAACAGUGCCUUAAAAAGAGAGAGAUAACAGCUGGUCUGAAGUCCUACGUAAGCUUUUAAUUAAUUCUCUAAGCACAAUGGUGCAGCAAUAUGUUUACAAGGAGUUUAUGACUGAUUUCUUCGAAUUGUAUUGGUUAUAUCCGUAUUAAAUAUAUAUGUACAUUAUGUAAAUGAAUCAUAAAUUAUUUGUAUAGAUCUAAUACAUGCUAUAUAUUGGAAAGUAGAAUUCUUUAAUUUCAUUAAAUAACUUUAAAAGAA